UUCUGGCUGUGGAGGUUACACACGGCUUCUGAGCUGGGGGAAAUGUUAUUUACGCUCUACAGAUGGCUCCACCUGAUCUGAAGCCUCAUUUUUCUGACACCUCUCACUUUUCGCCUCCACAGCAUGAUUAGGCCAUAGAGGGCUGACAGAUCCGAUGACGGAGGGAAAGCGGGGCAGUUCGCGCAUCGUUAGGGAUGCGGAGGGAGUCGCCGGGCUCCCAUCCCCAGGACACAGACUCGGAAUGCGCCUCUGGCCGGUUUGCUUGGCAUGAGGCUAGUUAACCUGAUCAGCGUCUGCCAGCACAGCAGGCAGCGCUACGCACCACCUCUGCCAGCCACCGGCUCGAGUUCCCCCCGAGGGCAGCCUUCCAAAUGUGCUCUGCCUUGUCAGCAGAGCGGGGUUAACACCGAAACACGAGUCAUCCUCCAGGAGAGCUUCUUCACCGGCGGGUGGGCAGGUGCGUUCCUGUUUGUAGGGACCUAAAAGGAAGCUCUGUGGCUCAACAACGGGUUUGCAAAAGAUUCGUAAGAAAGGAGAGAAACCUGUGGAGACUGAGGCCCAACUCCUCUUAAGACCGCACCGAUGCUGCACGCAGCAAAGCAGGGAAGGCAGAGGGCGAUGUAGCAUUGGGCCGGCGGUGUCUGCACUGGGAGCCAGAAGAGAUUGUCCUCUCUUCCCUCAGUUCCAGAAAGUUGCAGGAUGGCUAUGACUGACUUGCUCAGCGCUGAGGAUAUCAAGAAGGCUGUGGGAGCCUUUUCAGCGGCUGAAUCUUUUAACUACAAAAAGUUUUUCGAGAUGGUAGGAUUGAAAAAGAAGAGCCCAGAAGAUGUGAAGAAGGUUUUCCAUAUUCUUGAUAAAGAUCAGAGCGGCUUCAUUGAAGAGGAAGAAUUGAAGUUUGUCCUGAAGGGCUUUACCCCAGAAGGAAGAGACCUAUCAGACAAAGAAACGAAGGCUCUUCUGGCUGCUGGAGAUAAGGAUGGUGAUGGUAAAAUUGGCGCUGAUGAAUUUGCAACUAUGGUGGCUGAAUCAUAAAGGCUUAGACCAAUGCAAACCCUUCACCCAUCCUUCACUGCCCAAUUCCAACCACCUCCUGCUGACUGCUUUGGCUCCUGUUCUAUUUAUUUAUGUUAUUUUAUACUCCAGCUCUGUUCUCUGCAAUCCUGCAACUCUGUAAUUGUGCUGAAAGACACUGUUAAAAUAAUAAAGGUCACAUCAAUCUGGGCUUUCUUCUCUCUCACUACAACUUGUUUCUUAUUUCAUGUAGGCUUGGCACACGCUGAGAGAAAUUGUUACUGGUUUUUUGCUGACAUCCCUGCUGCUUUAUCCCUAGCUAGGGUGGUAGGAAGAAAUUUUAAAAAUUAUUUGGGAUAAAACAUGCAUAUAAUGAGUCAUCCACACCAAGUCCUGAACUGUGGCAAAUCUGACUGCAUUAUUUUUAAGCCAUCCCUGCUAAAUUGAUACAUACUCAUAGCCUGGAAAAUCUCUAGUGAUGGCAAAUCUCUAGUGAUGGCAAUUACCCAACUUCAUUUGGCAGUUUGUUCUUUCAACUUAAUCAGUGUUAUAGCUAAAAAAGUAUUUCCUAAUAUUUAAACUACAUCUCUCCUGCUACAUUUUGGUGAUCAGUAAACUGAUAGUUGUCUGUAUAAUUUGUUAAAUUUGCCUGGUGCAGGGGGAUUUUUGAUAAAAGGUUUGACAGGAAUAUCAGUUGGUGCCAAUCAUACAUGAAGUUAACUUUGUAAACUGUUAAAAAGCAGUCAUGUCAGAAAAACAGGGUAUGUUUACUAGCAAUGUUACACAACUAUGUAGGACAGAAAGAAUGGCAUACUCACAAGAAAUAACAAUACAAAUUUCAGGAAAAAGAACUCUAAGAUUCAGGUGUGACACUACAGCUGAUAAUCCCAUUGUUAAAACAGUAAACCAGAAAAUCCCAUCAAAAAGAAUUUAUUCUAAAACUUUACCAGAGAAGUUAAUAUCUUCUUUGGAGUUACAUAUAGGAAACUGAGACUUAUGCUAAGGAAAUGAUUACCCAAUAGUAAGCCUAUGACAGAGCUCAAUACUUAUUUCCCAAAUCCUGUUGAGUAACUUUGGCACCAAGCUUAUGCAUUUUACCGGUGUUGUUGGGGGGUGUUUUGCUUUUAAAGCAAAGAGUAAAGCAGGGGGAAAAUACUUGCAGGCAACAUCUUCCCCACAUCUUGACAGGAUAUUGAUUAUUACUGCAGUAAAAAGGAAGGGUAUUUUCCAUUUCUGUAUUCCAAACUAUACCCUGCAGCAAUAAUAACUUAUUCAAUUUAGAUUUAUUAUCACCAAUUUAGUAGAGACAAAAAGAUAAGGCUGAAACCCUGUCAUCAUCACACUGUACAGAAUACCAUCCUCUGGCACAGCAAUUACCCAAUGCUACUCGAGAAGCCUAUAAACGUUCCCUAAAGCCAUUCUAGAUCCUCACUCUGUAGUAACUCGCAAGGAAGACUUUUUGCUGAAGAUGCUGUGCGUUCAAGAGAAAUCCUUUGGUUUUGCACACUGUAUAUACGGUUCUGAAGGAUGUAUUGAUUUUUAAGUAUUCUAAAUAAAGCAGAUGAAAACGGAUGGCAGCGCAGCGAGUUUAUUUCGUGCUUUCUCUCGGCAGCUGCUGACCUCGCGUGGCGAUAAAGCCUCAUUACAGGAGCACACAGAGCUUCCGAAAAGGCAUCCGGCACUCCGCUACUGCAGCAGCGAGACGGAAGGUCCAGGGAAUUCGAGAACCGACACAAAAGUCGCUGUAUAAACAAUGCCCUUUACAGUCCCUUUCUAUUCUCUGAAGCUGCAAGGAUUUGUAUUUUAAUGCUGGAUGGCACAAAAGCUGGGAUUCUAUCCAGGGCAUUAGGAAAAAAAAAAAAAAAAGAAGACAAUAGAACAAAUAGCAAAUAAAUAAUGCCACUAAUGAGUCUAAAAAUAAUUAUAGCAGAUUAUGUGAAAUAAAUCAAGUUACAGCAACAUCAAUGAUGAUAUUUCACUAGCACAAAAGUCUGAAUACCCCAAUGAUCCCUGCUUCAGUCUUUCUUCAUGUUGUUACCUAAAUCACUAUAACAAGCAACACAAAGUGCCUCAUUUGGCCUGAAAAUUUUCAGCCAUACAGUAAUGGAGAAGGUGAAAAGAAACGCCUUUUAUUUUCAAACUGAAAAAGUUACAGUGGGUAGGAAAACCUCCAAAAUACCAUUUCUACUUUUCAUGCUGACAGUGUAAGAUAUUCUAAACCUGCAUUUGGUCGGUUUAUUCAAAUACACAGCUGGUAUACUCAGAUCCUGUAUUCUGAGAUCUUAGAAUUCUCAAACACUCUAUUUAAACACACUUUCCCCCCCCCAACUGCAUUUUAAAUUAAAAGUUCAAAUUUCAAUAUGCAUCCAUUGCCGAAGAAAAGGGAAAUUCAAAUACAAGUGUAAUAUAAAUAAAUCUCUGCCCAGAGACAAAAUGACUGUUUUAUCAAUUGCCAUCAAAUGAUUACUUUCCUUUCACUGCUGGAUCUUCAAGGUUUCUCUUAGACUCCUGUUUUUCCCACACAAAUUUCUUCCAAAUUGUCUCCAAAUCUUCAAUUGUUUCUUUUCAAAUUAAAAGAAAUCAUAAUUUUUCUUUUAGUUGGAUGUUAUCUAGAUAUGACUUAAAAUAUAGCAAACAAAUGCAAAAUUUGAAGGUACAAUAAAAUAUAAAACAUAACAUUUCAUAUACAAAAUAUUAAAUUAUUAAUUCUCAUAUUGCACUUGCUCUAACAUCUUUGAGACUGUCACAGAAACCAUUGUAAAGCCUAAAGAAAGCAGAAUUUGCAACAACAUUUAAUCAGGUUUUCUGCAUAGUGUGGAAAAGUAUGCUUGACAAAUACAAAAAAUACACACUACCCUGCAAUUUACUGUUUCAUGAAGAAAGAUGUUUUAAUUUUCAGGUGCAUAAGCAAAGGAACAAAAUUACAUUUCUCCAAGAAACAUUUACCUUAAAUUUCUCAAUUGUCAUCUUAUAUCUUCUUUGCCCUGAACAUAAUAAGUAAGUGUUCCAUAAUUUUCUUCCCUGUUGUAAUAUAGUAGAAGUUACGAAAGAAAAAAAAAUACUUCAGGCAUCAUGUUGAAGACAAUUUUUAAAAUAAUCAGUACAUAUCCUUUACUUAGACUCAUAUCCAAUGGUUUGUAAUGAGACACAAUUGAAUGACAAAUAAAAAAACAGGCACUACUUGUUCAUACUGGUAUUCUGUAUUGCUCGAGAAGAAAUUGCUUGCUCUGAGCUACAAUUCAAGAGGAAGAAAAGCCAAAUCCUCAAGCUGUAGCUGAACCAUCACUUCCUGACAAAUGACAUUAGCAUUUAACAGAAAGGGUUUGCACUAGCAGACUGUCACCAACUCUUAAGAUUUCUCCAAUCACCAUUUACCAUUACUAAAUCCUUAACUAACAAAUGCAUAAUUGUUUAUGUAUUAAGGGUCCUGCCAAGCUUUUAAUGGAGUUUCAUGGAUCAGCAAUUUUCCACAUGACUUAUUUUGGGAAUCAAUGGACUGGAGGCCAUAACACCUGUUCACCUUUCAGAAGCUGAGCUAGGAUUUCUAUUUACAUUCUAUCCACCAAGUCCUGAGACCAACACUGCCUAAUAUCCUGCAAUUGCUUCCACAUUUCCUUCAUUUUAUCAAUGCAAAGGUUAUUUGUUUGCUUCUUUUGCCUUUUCUAACUAAACAAAAUAUUUCUGAAGACUGAAAAGGAAAUUCAUGUUUCCCUUUCCUGCAACACACGCAGUUUUAGCAGAGCCUCUGUGCUAUAGUAGCUAAACAUUAACAACAUUCUGUUCAAAACAGAGUUAAUAUUGUUAUAGAAUUACAAACUACAGCAUUGCACAAUAUUUGCAACAAGUCUUGCCUUAAUAAAAUAACAUCAAAAAUUGUGCCUAAAGGUUCACUUAAGUCACAAAUUAGCCCACAAAAUCUUUAUUAAUGAGCAUAAUGUACAAAAUAACUUCAUUUGACUCUAAAAUCCAAGACUGAGAUUUAAAUGGCUGGCUGAUAGAGAAGCCAUUCUUUUAUUUAUAAAGCAACUUCAAAUGGAAGAGAAAUUACGAGGCAUGCAAUAGCCCACCAAAAUCCAGCUGUGGUUAAAUUACAUGCUGACUUUCUUGUUCUAACUCAACUCAGGAGCCACGGGUAACACAGAGAGAAGAGCACUGGCUUUAGUACAAGCUGGUGAUUAAAUACCUCCUCUAGGUCCUGGACUCUCUCAUUGCUACUAUAGGCUUGAACCUGAGCUCCCACUUCUUCAUUCUGAGCAAGCAUUUUAGCUGAUUCCCUUUUCCAAAGAGACACACCCUGCAGAAAUUGUAACACUCUCUAAGGCUAAGACAUUCAAAAUUAUAUUUCUCCUAAACACAGGAAAGUGAAGCCAAAUGUGUCUAAACAGGGUUAGCUGUCUCCAUGACAGAUCAAUCAUCAAAAGUUUUCAGUCUGUAAAAUCUCCUAAUUGGUGUAAUUACUUCACAAAGGAGGAAGUACAUUUCUGGUUAGUGCUCUUCCGGUCAAUAAAGCAGCAAAGCUUAACAAAUGUUGAUGCACCUUUAAAAACAGAAGUUAAAAUAAAUACAAAUACUGAAAGGUUUAUGGAACUGACAGGAAGGCCUAAGCUAAUAAGACCAUGGAAUAUGCAGCUAGAAAAGCUAUUUCUUUCAUAAAUUCAUUCAGUCUCCCACCCAGGAAAUCUUAGUGAAAAGAUCUUGUCAGUGCCUGAAUCAGGUUGCUCAACUUAUAUUGCCACAACGGUUUUUAACUCCAGGAAAUGCUUUGUGAGGUUUAUGUCCAGAAAUGCAGUUGGUUUCACUGGUAUUACAGUAGCACUGCACUGGCAUUAACUUAGGCCUUCAGGUGGUAAGAACAUAGUAAUUUUCUAUUAAUGUGCAUUUAGACCAGACAUUAGGAAAAAAUUCUUUACUGACACAGGUUGCCCAGAGAAGCUGUGGACAUGCCACCCCUGGAAGUGUUCAAGGCCAGGAUGGAUGAGGUUUGAAGCAACCUGGUCUAGUGGAAUUUGGGCUCGAAUGGGAUGAUCUUUAGGUCCCUCAUUGCACAAACCAUUCUAUGACUCCAGAUGGGCCAUGAGGCGUGUAGGAACAGAGGUCAAACCAUUGAUUACUGGAGGGAAGGUCCAAGGAUUUCUGAAAACCCAAAUGGUUCAGAGACAUUUUCAGGUUUUGGAAACAUUUUCUGGAAGGAUUUUUUAAAUUAUAACAUUUUAAUGGUUAAUAAAUUCUACUCCCUGUGUAUUCACAA